ACGGCGGCGUCAGCGGUGAUGCCUCGAUCCUGCAACGACCGCCUAUAAAUACACCUCGCCGGCCGUCGCCGCCUACCAGCAGCUUCUACCUGUGCCACAGCACGCCGGCACACGCCCAAGCACAUCUCGGUGUCGGUGGCAGGCACACGCCGCCAAGAAUCCGACCACCGACCGCCGCCGUCGUCAUGGCUACCUCCGAAGACGCCGAUCAUCAGGUGACGGUCGUCGACUUCUGGGCGAACGGCUUCGGGAUGCGUGCCCGGAUCGCGCUGCGGGAGCUCGGUGUCGCCUUCCGCUACGUCGAGGAGGACCUCCGCGUCCGCGAGCGGAGCGAGCUGGUUCGCCGCAUGAACCCCGUCCACCGCUCCGUCCCCAUCCUCAUCCACGGCGGACGUCCGGUCUGCGGCUCCGUCAACAUUCUCCAGUACGUCGACGAGGUCUGGGGGCCCACCUUGUUCCCGCGCGACCCACUCCAGAGGGCCCACGCCCGCUUCUGGGCUGACUUUGUUGACCAAAAGGUGUUUAGCACACAGACGAGGUUCCUGAAGAGCAAAGGCGAUGAAAAGGAGGCAGCAAAGGGAGAGCUCCUGGAGCAACUCAAGCGCCUGGAGGAGGUGCUAGGGGACAAGACCUUCUUCGCCGGCGACGAGUUCGGGUUCCUCGACGCCGUCCUCAUCCCGUUCUCGAGCAUGUUCCAUGGGUACGAGCAGCAUGGAGGAUUUGAUCUUGACGUGGAGUGCCCGAGCUUGAUGAGUUGGGUGAGGAGAUGCAAGGAAAGGAAGAGCGUCAAGGGAGUCCUGCCUGACGAGGAUAAGAUGUAUGAGCUACACAAGAAGUGGUAUGGCAUUGAGUGAAGCAAUGAACAAGCGAGAUGGAAUGAUGCCGGUUGCAAAGAACGCAAGAGGGCUUUCUGUUACAUCUAUUCAGUUUCUUGUAUUAUUAUCUUUUAUUUUUACUUGUGAUUGAACUUUACUAUUGUUAGUUUGCUUAAUUGGUUUUUGUUAGCCCAUCUCCUUGAAAA